AUGAGCUCCUACAAGAAGCCAAAGAGCCCUGGUCCUGCAAGCCACAAGCCUGGCUCCAGCAGUUCGGCCUCCGCCUCUGUGUCAGACACAUCAGAGAAGUACAAGGACUACGCCGCUGUGGUAAUAGACACUGGCACUGGCUACACCAAGAGCGGCCUUGCCGGAGACGAGAAGCCAAGGUCCGUUGUGCCAAGCGUGGUGGGGGUGCCCAGGUACAGGACGCCGGAGAGCCCCCUCUACUACAUUGGCAAGAGCAUCCCACGCCGGCACGCAGAAGUGAGCACACACGUGGCAAUGACUCACGGCGUGGUGACAGAUUGGGACGCCCUGGAGAUGCUCUGGCACCAUGUUUUCUACACCGAGCUCAGUGUUUGCCCAGAAGAGUUGGCCGUCCUGGUCACAGAUUCCCCCAUGUCCCCAACCACCAACCGGGAGAAAAUGGCUGAGCUUUUAUUUGAAAACUUUGAAGUGCCGGCCAUGUUUGUAGUCCACCAGUCCCUUCUGUCCGUGUAUUCCUACGGGCGCACAGGUGGGCUAGUGAUUGGCUCUGGCUAUGGGACAUCCUACACAGCUCCUGUGCAUGACGGAUACAUCUUGCCCCAUGCAACCUACCGACUGGACAUAGCAGGCAAAGCCCUGACAGAAUACCUAGCCAAGCUGAUGGGGGAAUCUGGGAACCCCUUUCAUAAGGAGGAAAUGGAGGAGGUGUGUCAGAUCAAGGAGAGGUGUUGUUAUAUCCCGGAGCAGUACGAGUUGGAACUGAAUUCAGAUGAGAAGAACUAUCUCAUGGACUACACUCUUCCUGACAGGCAGGUCAUCUCUAUUAGCAGUGAGCGUUUUCGCUGCCCAGAGAUUCUCUUCAACCCAACCAUGCUGGGCUUCCCAGAGGUGGGACUUCAUGUCCAAGCCAUAAACAGCAUCAGAAAAUGUAAGCCAGAGAGACAGGGAGAGUUGCUGUCCAACGUGUUGCUGGCCGGUGGCACCACCAUGCUCCGUGGCUUCUCCGAGAGGAUUAAAAAGGAACUGCAGAAACUGGAGCCCGCGGGAAAGGUGGGCAUCCUGGCUUCCCCCAACCGCACCUUCUCUGCCUGGUUGGGAGGCUCCAUUGUGGCUUCCCUCAACGCCUUCCAGAAUGUGUGGAUCAAUCGGCAGGCCUACAAUGAGAAGGGGCCUUUCAUUGUCCACCGGCACUGCUUUUGA